GUGUUGAAUUUAUUUAAGGAAAGUUGUUUUUGUUUUGGCAAGAUUAACACAUUAAUUAAGUAAAACACGUGCCAAUACAUUAGAAAGAGGGACGGAUUUACUUAAAAUUUUGUUGAAAAAUGACUAAAUUUAUCAAUUAUUACAAUCUUUGUCCCAUACCGGAGCCUAAAGACUUCUUGGGAAUAGCCGCUGAUAAAGAAAAAGGCAAUAUUAUAACAACUUUGAGUAAAAACAUUGUUAUUAUAAUUACGAUAAGUACACAGAAACAAGUAAGAAGUUGGUCGGUAGUGGAAAAACUGUCUUCUAAAGUGGUUUAUGAUAAAAGCAGCGAAAAAUAUGUUGGCGUAUUUGGUAAUAAAACCUUACGCUGCUGGGAUGAAAGUACCGUUGAUGUUAACAAAACUAAAAAACUAAGGUUUCACAAAAAUAUUUCCGAACUUGUCACGAAUGAAAAAGAUACGUUUGUUUUGUAUGAUGAUGGUUCAUUUGAAUGUCUUAAGACUGCUAUUGACACUCGCAAAGAGGGCAGGGAGAUAACUUCUGUUCCACAACAUUUGCAAUUAGUCCCAGAUUUGAACCUGAACAAAGGACGUAUAUUCACAUUACCUAAUGGGAAACAAAUUCUUACGUACUUUGAAACAAACCAUACCAGCGGUGAAUGUUAUCUGGUAAGAUUGCCGCUUGAAGACGAAAACCUACGACAACGAUAUCCAUUGAAAAGGGGAAAUCUACAAACUACAGUCUGUGGUGCUGCAGUUAUUGAAGGUGAUGGGGUACCUUCAUUGUGCACUAUAUGGUCUGAUAAAAGGAUCUUUUUACUUAGCUUAGACGACUGCGCACAACCUGAACGUUCUCCCGGCACUUUUGUGUCUAUGCUUAGUCAUUUAAAGGUUGAUAGCUCUCUAUCAUUAUUAGGUCUCUCAGGUCAUUCUGUGGCUAUAUAUGGAGCAAAUUACGGUCAAAAGAAGGAAAGCGAGGGAGCUUCUCUUUUAAUCUACAAUCUACAAUAUAAAGUAAUCAAAGUCAAACAAUUCUUCAAAGUAUAUUUCGAUUUUUCGAAAUUGUGGUCUAUAGAUAACCAUAUCCUUUUAGCACUCGGUCAAAAUCUUUCGGUUGUUCAGUAUCGAGUUUCAAAAGAAUUACUCUCCGAACUGGUAGGUACACAAGUUUGCAAUGAUUACCAAACCUCUGUUGAAGGUGAUCAAAUUAACGAAGAUGAUUACAUACAAGAUUACUUGCAAUUCACGACUAAUAUCGGGAAGUGUACUGAACUCGAAUAUCAGCCUAAGAGAACUCAUUAUAUUAAUGAGGCUGAUGGUAGGUCAAUUCCUUUUAUGGGAGUCGAAAAUUUUGAAAAAGAUCUCAAUCAUAUCAAACAUAUAAAUUUACAUGUUGACGUUCGGCAAGCGAGCGUAGCAUGCAAUGACGAGCAAAUCACUUUAAUGUCUAAUCACAACGAUGACGGAUUCACGUGUCGGAAAAUUCAAAUUAUUGCAAGCCAAAUGGAAAAAGCGGGGGCAAGUGAGCAUGAAAUUACUGAAAAAUUGUUAUGGCUUUUAAUUAAGGCCGAAUUACUGACAGAUAUAGGCGUUUGCCUAAAAAGAUACACAAACAUUUCAGAAAAAAUGCUAUCAAAAACUUUAAAUUUUAUUUUAAAGCAAUUUGAAAUUACUAAUCCCGCCACAAAAGAGCAACCUGCGAGCAAUGAAACGCUCCUAUUCAAUGGCCAUCGAAAUUCGAUUGUGAAUUCAAUUGACAUAAAAUCGGAAGAUAAAUACGAAAUGGAUAAAAAAAAUAAGAAAAAAUCAUAUACCCCAUAUAGCGAUCGUUUAUCGAAGGAAGCGGCGGGCACGUUACAAACGGAAAUUAAAGAUAUUUUAAAUAUCCUGCUUUCGUGUAAUUUUGAUUUUACAGUUAUUGCGAAUUAUAUAAGACAAGAUAUUGGUUAUUCGGAAGCGUUAAUAUUGCUCGAGCAUCUUUAUGACAUGCUAACAGAUCCGGAUAUUACGGCAUUUGAAGAGAGGCCAUCUCACGAACAUACAAGCGUCGAAUUUGAAUUGCAAAUUUUGCGUUGGUUUGGCGUCUUCCUUAAUACGCAUUUUCAAAAAUUGGCUCUAUCCAAAGAUGUUAAGCUCAUUGAAAUAUUGCUGCGAUGGCAAGAACUUUUCAUUCAAUAUAAGCAUGAAAUUAUUGAACUACAAGAAACGUCCGCACUUUUGUAUAACAUUAUUCAACGCAAAAAGCUGGCCGAAGACCGAGACUAUUCCAAAUGGUAUUCAAUCGAGCAGAUUCAUUUGUUUUGAAU